AUGGACCAUUUUCAGCACCAUCCCACGGUGGCGGAAGCUGUGGUUGGUGGAGCUGGUGCGGCCUAUGUGAAGUUGGCCGAAUGGCUGGAGAAUGCCUUGACAGCGCGAGAGAAUCGACAUUUGCAGAGCGCCGCCGAGGAGGUGGGCCUGGAGGAGAAGAACCUGCGGCCCCGCGAAGCGCGGCAACGGGCGGCCGAGACCUUCCUGGAGAUCGAAGACUUCGGACAGGCAGGGCGUGAGUUUGAAGCUGCGGGUUGCUUCAAAGAUGCUGCGGAGUGCGCUGAAGUGCAAGAGAAGUGGGAGAAAGCGGGUGACUUGUGGCGCAAAGCGGAAGAGGCCUUCUUGGCGCUGAAGAGCUUUCAACGCGGAGAAAUCUGGGGGAAGUUUGUGGAAGUGGCACAAGGGCUUGGGGAUCAGAAGCUUCCAACGGAAGUGAUGGAUCUUGUUGAACUGGCGUGCCGCGAUUUGGCCAAGAAGUGCCAGAAACAGAAGCAGCAGAAGGAGUCCAACAUGUUCAAAGCCUUGAAGCAAUGCAUCAGCCUGCUACCGCAGGAGGAGGAGCAGGAGCUGCUUCUACAGCAAUUGGACUGGCAGGAACUCACCCUUGAGGUCUACCAGACCCAAAAGCGCUACGACCAAUGCGCCGCCAUCGCGCUCGAGAUGUGCGACUGGACGAAGGCGCGCUACUACUACAGUCAGGCAAAUGAUGUGUCUGAAGCGCACUGGUUGGAGCUGAUCGAAGCCCUGUGGAAGUUGCUUCAUGGAGGUGUUGUACCUGCUGCCAUGGAAGAAACAUUUCAAAAGCUUUUCUCUGAGGAUGAGAUGAAAAGGCUGGCCAAGGUGGAAGAUGCCAAAUCUUCAAGCAAGAAGGAGGGGCUGAAGCGGAAGCACAUCGCACAGACCUUGCGGCAUUUGCACGAGGCAUCGAAGCAGCAGAACACCAUCGAAGGCAUUGCUAAACGCGGCAGUCUGUUGCGUGACGCAUAUAGCGCCGCUCUGCAGCUGAAGGAGUCAUGUCCAGGUUAUGCACUGCGUUUGACGUCCUUCACCUUGAUGGCCAUGGCGCAGAACUUCACACAACUCCGCACCAAGGAGGCCCGUCACUUCGAUCUGAUCUGCGAGGGUUUCGCCAAAUCUUUGGCCGAGAUCAAAGAGAUGAGGAGCACCUGGAACAGACGGGGCAGAUCGCACAACUACAAAGAGAACAAGCGCGGAGGGGUCCGUGAGAAGGGCUUGAGUGAGUGGCUGCUGGCAGAACAGCCUGCUUCAGUGAAGCCUCACUUUCUGUUGCUCACCGAAUGUCAGCCCCAGAAAGGUGAGGGUCGCAGGGUGAACUUUAAAGAGCUCAGCGAAUUGGCCACGUCCUGGUCACACGUCUUCGAGGCGAGUCUUUGCUGCCACUGGCUGGAGCUUUGCAAGGUGGUGGCCGAAAACCAGCUGCGCUGCUGGUCCGAUGUCGUGGGCUACAAGUGUGACAGGCAGAAGAGCCUCCACGAGUUGCAGUUGAUGUCUCCGCGCAGUCGAAAGGACGACCCUGGCUGCACCUUUCUGCACCGCGAUGGUGAUACGAACGGAGUACAACAGAUGGAGAUGGCUACCUCCGUGUGCCGACGUUUGCUGAAAGCCUCCAUCAGCAGCUCCCAAAUCCUGCAGGGUAAGGAGCUCAAAGAUACCUUGCAGCUCUACGGGCAGAUGGCCAUGGACGCUCUCGGAGGCGCCGAUCGAUGGAAGAGGCUGAGUUCCAUGCCGCAGCAAAGCAUUGAUUUGCUGAUGGCACGGCUGAAGCUCCCCUUGAGCCACCGGCCACCAGCCAUGGCGCGUUGGAUCUGCUUGGCCCUGGCGCGGCUCACGCUGGCGGAGGUGAUCUCCUUGGAUGCCACGACAGAGCUGCGGGUCUGCGCCGCCAACGUGUUGCGCAUCACCAAGUGGCCCAGCGCGGCGGCGAAGGCAAAGGGACGCAUCAGUUUGGUGGCAAAAACCGAGUGGCCAGAGACAAGAUUUGAGGUUCACGAAUCUCCGGAGGAAAUCAAAGUUACGACUUCGGAUGUGUCCUUCACUUUCACCAGGGCCACAGGGGCCAACAGCUUUGGGACACCAUCGCAGCAAGUGAUCUUGGAGGAUGCAGGGCACAGCUUCAUUGCCACUGAAGACAUGGGAAAAGCAUCCCACCAAGUUCUCCAGUCCUGGCGGGCAACAAACCCUUCUGAGGCGCUCUAUGGCGGCGGCUCCUACCAGAACGGGUUGGUCAACUACAAAGGGGCUCCACUGUCCAUGAUCCAAUUCAACCUGGAGGCCGUGGUUCCUGUCUUCGUUUCCUCCAGUGGCUACGGCUUGCUGUGGGACAACUAUGCUUGGAGCUACCUGAACCCGCCCAAGGACGCCUUAGUCAAGCCCAUUGCUGAGAAAGGACAAAGUGGGGAAGUUGAAUUUCAAGCCGCUACAGAUGGUGACUAUUUCUUCCAUGUUGGCAGGCUGAUGGAUGAUGCCAAAGUUCCGUCCUUUGGAGCUGGACAUGAAACCAUCAUCACUGCCAAGGGUGUGGGCAGCACAGAGACCAUCAUCCAAUGGACCAGGGAUCAGCAGAAUCAUCCUUCGUCCAUGACUGGCCGCCUCCCCAAUGUCAAGGCCGGGGCUAAGUACAUCAUCAACUUCAGCUUCGACAUUCCUGGCGCGGGGAUCUAUGUCCAGGGACCUGAACAUGGGUUGACCACUUUGCAGUCUCAGUACGCUGAGGCCAUUGACUAUUAUUAUGUCUAUGGUCCCAGUGUGGAUGCUAUCAUUGGAGGCUACCGGGAGAUCACUGGGGCUGCUCCGCUCUAUGGAAAGUUCGCCUAUGGAUUCUGGCAAAGCAGGGAGCACUAUGGAAGCAAGGCUGAGCUGUUGAAGGCUGCGCAGGAGUUCCGGAGCCGAGGUGUUCCCCUGGAUGCCAUCGUGCAGGACUGGCUCUAUUGGGGCAAACUGGGAUGGGGUCCUGAAUGGGAUCCAGAGACCUACCCAGAUCCUGCCGACAUGGUGAAGCAGCUGGACCAGAUGCACUUGAAGUUGAUGGUCUCGGUCUGGGGCAAGAUGGACAACCAGACGCAGCUCUUUCAGGCGCUCAAAUCUGCGGGAAUGAUUCUGGGAAACACCAACCAGAGCCACAACAACUGGUAUGAUGCAUGGAGCGUGGACGCGCAGAAAAUUUAUUACUCGAUUUGCAACCAGAGCCACUUCUCCAUUGGUGUGGAAAGUUUGUGGCUGGACGCCACGGAACCGGAGGGCUUGGUGAACCUGAACCAGGAGACCCAUUUGGGUUCAGGCAAUUUGUUGAUGAACAGCUACUCCCUGGAGACCACUUCUGGCAUCGCUGCUGGCUUGCGGCGCGACUAUCCAGAGGCCCAGGGCGCCCGGGUCUUCAGCCUCACCAGGAGCUCCUUCGCAGGCCAGCAGCGAACAGGCGCAGCCCUCUGGACCGGUGACACCGCGGGAACAUGGGAUAUGCUGCGGCGUCAAGUGGCCAGCUCCAUCAACUACCCGCUUUCGGGCAUUCCAUAUUGGUCUCAAGAUAUUGGAGGUUUUUUCCGGCCAAGGGACCAGUAUGACUCUGAGGAGUACCACCAACUUCUCAUCCGCUGGUUCCAGUUUGGUGUCUUCACGCCCAUUUUUCGAGUCCAUGGUGCUGGCACUCACACAGAAAUCUGGAAUUUUGGCAUGGAGACCAUGAACGCAAUUAACACCUCGGCCAUCACUCUUCGUUACAGGCUGUUGCCCUACAUCUACUCGGGAUUCUGGGAGGUGGAGACUAGAGGCUACACCAUGCAGCGCGGCUUGAUCUUCGACUUCCCAGAAGAUCCACAGCUGUGGAACGUGGCUGACGAGUUCAUGUUUGGCACGGCCCUGCUGGUGACGCCCUUCGUGUCCAAUGCAUCCAGCACCUCCAGGGAAGUCUAUUUCCCCAAGGGUUCCUGGAUCAACUUCCACACGGGCACCUCCCACGCGGGCGCUUCCCAUGUCUCGGUGCAGUUCCAGCUGACGGAGGCGCCAUGCUUCGUGCGCGCCGGGGCCAUCCUCGUCCUUGGACCGGAGCUGCAAUAUGCCAAUGAGAAGUCUCCGAAAGAUCUGGAAGUUCGCGUCUACAAAGGUGGUGAUGCAACUUGGGUGUUCUUUGAAGACGAUGGUCAUUCUUCAAAGUAUCAACGAGGCAGCUUCUCAAAGAUCCAGUUCAGCUGGCGGGAUGCGGACCGUGUGCUGACGGUCUCCGAUCGCCUGGGGUCCUUCCCUGGGAUGGAUCUGGAGAAAAAUCUUUGCAUCGUCUUCGUCUCUGAAGGCCACGGCGUGGGCGUUUCGAGGGCGAAAUGUGACAAGGAGGUCGUUUACAGCGGCCACGCCUUGCAAAUCGCGGAGGACCUGGCUCUCUUCGCAUGA